AUCAGCCAACCUUACCCAGACACGUGACAGACGGAUGAUAACAGUUGAAGAUAUUGUAGUAUUCAUGAUCCCAAUUCGGACAUUUCAGACAUACGAGACUUGGGUGUGCCCUACUUCUAGAAGUCGGCAUUGGAUUCUGUAAUUGAAAACAAGGUCACAAUGUCUGAGAUCUCCCUAGUAACGGACAUGAAGGAUGUUCUCACAUCCUGUCCUGUCUGCUCAAAGCCGUUUGACGAAAGCUACCGUGUUCCCCGUCGAAUGCCGUGUUGUGUUGAAGCCGUGUGCGAACCAUGCCUGGCGCCGCUCUACUCCAACGGGCGUCUCACGUGCCCACUGUGCCACCGACAGCACAGCGGCUACAAAGGCGUCCAGACCCUCCCCGUGGAACAACUCAUCUUGAAAAUGCUAUCCCAGAUGAACGUCAAUAAAAGUCAUCACCUACCAUGUACCUACUGCCCCUUGAACAACACAGCAAUAGCUAAGUGUGGCCACUGCAGCGUUCUUCUUUGCCAGGCCUGCUUGAGAACCCACUCGAAGAACAAAUUACUGAAGGACCACAGUGUCAUCAUGUUUGAGGACAUCAGGGACCACCGGAUGAACGGACCUGGAAGCCUGUCUCGGACCCUGAGUGUCCAGUCUAUGAACCUCCUGAGUCAGCUGAAGGAGAAGGACGAGAGUCUGCGGAGUCGGAUGGAGGAGCUUCAGGAGUUGCAGAAGAACAUUGCCCUGUCAAGGAGGAGGGCGAAGGAGGACAUCAAUAUGUACUUUGAUAACCUGGCCACAGAGAUGCAGCAGAGGAAGAGCUUGUUGAUCUCACAGGUGGAGGAACGGGCUGAUGAGGAAGAGACCAUUCUUACACGAGUCAUCGAGUCAAGAAAUGGUCUGCAGGGGAGGAUCAAGAAAGUCACCAAGAACAGCAGAAGUCGGAAGAGCCUUUCCUCCUCUGACAUAUGGGACCUUCUCGCCGAGUAUCCAGAAGAUGUGGAGUUUACCCGGAAAGGUGUCAGCUUCGUCACCUUAAACGCUGAGCACAUAUCGUCCCUCAUCAAGACUACAGGGCUAGUCCGGACUGUCACCUUCCUCCCAGCAGACAAGCCCGAAGGUGUACCUGAUGCUGUCAUGUACAACAACAUCCACGUAGAGGCUGCGGAUGGGUAUGAUGGGAACGAUGGAGAUACCGGGGUUGUCUGCCACGCCACCAUGAGGAAUGAACAGACAUGUUCCCUUGGAGACAAGAUUGUCGUCUUGGAGACGGAACGUUCCCCUCAAACAGUCAGUUGCCCUUACCUAGAGUGGGACACCAGCACUGCCAGCAAGACAGUAACGACCUCCGGAACAGUGAUCACCAACGCCAGACCCGAACACCCCCUAACGAACAGCGGGUGUCGAGUUCAAGCAGAGAGGCAUGUCAUGGCAUCCAGACCCCUCCUGCUGGGAAAUGACCAACGUGUUAUGUUCCAGAUGAAGCUGAGCUACACGUUGAAGAUGCUGCUGCAGGAGAACAAGAUGUUGUUUGAAGCAUCCCUCACCGAAACCCCCAUCGAAUCUGCCUGGAGCCAGCCAAAUGGUCUCAGCAUCAACGUGGCCUCUUGCGCCGACCACCAGCAGCAGCUGUGUCUCAGGGUCGUCUAUGACAACAAGCUUCUUGAAGACAUGCCCAUUGCUCAGAACGAGGUUGGUGUGUCACGUGGUCUGCAUUUAUGUUUUCUGCUGAACACAGUCAAAAACGAAAUCCACGUAAUCGACGUUGAGGAUGACAAAGUGAUCAGCACCGUAACUGACGUGGACAUGGACAGGCCUCUGUGGUUGAUGUCGAUGCUGUCGUGGCCGUCAUGGGCCAACAUGGCGGUAGCUAUGAUAUCGGGGACAAGAGUCGACGUCACAAAAGACAUGUAUAAGUUACUCACGUCCCUGAGUAAUGAAUGAAUCACGAAGCCGUUCCACAACACUGCCAUGUUGCGAGCAAGUUACACGGUUCACGGUCACCUUCUGCCACAUCUUCACUCCAGAUAUGUGACGUUUUCAGUGUUGAUCAAAAACCGUCAUCUAUUAGUUCUAUGAUACGAAACCUUCUCAAAUGGUUGCCAUUGUAUAAUACACGCUCGGUACCACUAAGUCAGAAUGUCUAUUCAACCAAGCAGCUUUUUGACCACGCAAUUCAUUUAUUAGGACACCCAGUGGACAAUUUUCUUAUUUUAUACAUGAACCUAAAACCGUUUCAAUUAAUUUUGGGAACACAUACAUUCCAUCGUCCUCUUGAUCUCCGUUUGCGAUCUGGUUCAAACUGGAUGAAAUCCUUUGCGACAGGAUCAUAGCGAUCGAGGUUUUAAAAUAAACGUGAGAAAACCCUUUCCUUGUUCAUAUGAAAACCCAUGCUUGCCGUUAAAGGCGACUGUGCUUGUCGUAAAAGGCGUCUAACGGGAUCGGGUGGUCAGGCUCGCUGACUUGGUUGAUGCAUGUCAUUGAUCCCAAUUGCGUGGGUCGUUG